AUGAAGCGGAUCACUGGGGAAAUCUGUCAAUGGGGCCGGAAGAGGUGGUUCGACAGAGCUUUGGAAGCUUGGGACCAAGCGGAAACAAAGGAUGCAAUAAUGUACAGCGCAAUCAUCGGCGCUGCUGCAAAUUGCAAGGAGUUCGACCACGGGAUGCAUUUUUGGGAGGAGAUCCAAAGCAGCUCUCUGGACGUAACCGACACGGUCUACAGCUCUGUACUGAAGCUUCUGGGCUUCAAGGGAGACCAUCCGACAGCUAGCAGGAUUUGGCAGCAGAUGGCCGAUAGUGGCCUUCUUGCAGGGUCUAAACGCCAGCAAAGCUGCCUCACUGGAGUUCUCAAUGCAGCAGCUUCCGCAGGAGAUGCCGAGCUUGUCAAGAAGGAGAUGAAAGCAGCUCAGGCUCUAGGUGUUGAGCUAAACCCAGCUCAUUUCGGCUGCCUGUUGAAGGCUUGUCGGCAGUCCAGAGAUAUAGAAGCUGCGGAGCAAGCCAUUCUCCAGAUGCGGGAUGAAAGCAUCAAGGUCAACAUCAUCCACUACACCACCUACAUGGGUGCUUGCGCCAGGUUCGUGGCAGAUACCCGCCCAGGCCACGCAAAGGCCGUGGAGCUCGAGCAGAAGGUGCUGACCAUGAUGGAAGAGGACAUGGUCUCGCCCAACGACUACUUCCUGGAAGAGCGCGUCAUGCUCCAUCUGGGCAUCGGCAAUUUGAGGGACUGGCUGGUUGAUGACAGUCGCCCCAGGCCCAGCGCGGAGGAGGUUGAGGGUGCAGCAGCAGUCCUGCAAGAGGCCAUCGAGCACAACAUUCGCUUGACCCUGGGCCUCCGGCAACUGAGGGACCUGAUCCCCGCGCUUCGCGAUGCUUCCGAGGAGGGCUACGCACUUCUCAACGCAGGGCGUCAAGCUCUUCCUGCCUGA